AGAUAAGACCAUAACCGGCUUCUAAGAAAAAUGUGAUUUAGAAUUAGUUUCCGGGCACUAAAUACCGUGAAAUGUAGUGCAAAAUCCUCAAUAGAGUAGUACCCUGAGAUAGAUGCUUUUUUCUCCUCCCUAUCAGCCCCAAUUCCCUGAGAUAUCCCUGCUCCAUGGAUUCCGUUUUGGGCUGUGAAUAUGACUCUGAAGUCACUGGAGAUCAUGGGUUUGAGUUUCAGGAGGAACUCUUGCUCCAUGUCUGCCUCCGGAUGGUUGAGAUGGAGUGUCAGAGCUUCUCUGUUGGUCUGGAAGUCAAAAAAUUCCCCAAGUUCGAUGAUGUUGUCGUGGAUUUCGAUCACAAUGGGAGAAAGUAUCUGAUCUUCCUCCAGGCCAAGCAUGUGAUGAACCAGAAGAAGAAAAUCCUCAGUGAUCAUUUCUAUUGCGGCGUGGAAAAUGAUAUUGAGACGAAGACUACCAGAGAUUUGUGGAAAAACUUCAAUUUGAGGCAAUACCUCAAUGCAGCAAUGAAUGAGACCUUCCAGGUGAGCCUGCUGCAUGCUCAGGAUCAUCUUCUUAGGUACAUUGUCCUAACCAAUCUGGUAUAUGUUGAUGAUGAUGAUACAGUUGAGGAGGACAAUGAGGAUGUUCAGGAAUUGUUUGCCGUCUUGAGCGACAGAGGAGCUGAGAUCUUCAAAUUUGGAGAUAAAUCAAGUGCCAAUAUUCAGAAAUUAAUUGAUCUUAUUCUUAAAAAUUCCAAAGAGAAAGUUUUGGACUUGGGACUGAAAUACUUCCAGGAUCGUAUGACGAUUGUGUCUCGGUCGCCAAAUCUUGAUAAAUUAGCUGCCAUCAACGACAAGAUGUUGUCAAAGAACUACAAAGUGUUCAAUGUGGAGUCCUUCAGGAAAAUCUUCCGGAAGAAUCUCUUUGAAUUCACUGCCAUUGAUCCUGAAAAGAGGUCCAGAAAGACCCUUGGCAGGGAUAGUUGGGAGAAAAUUUUAUGUAAAACAAUCAUUGAGGUGGAUUUCCCGCCUAUAAGUGAAACCUUCAUCCAGGAUCUUCCCGAUUGGGCUGAAUUUACUGAUGAAACUUUAACUAACCUCUUAGAGGAAGUCAGAAAGUGCCAUAAAAUUGUCUGUGAUGGGAGUGUAAAGUUAGCAAUACUGAAGGUUCAUGGAGCUUUGAGGAAGGAAAUGGAGGAUCUAUUGGUUGUUCCUGCUUCAAAAAUUUCAAAAUUGCAAUUUAGUGCUCUUAAAACUUAUGAUAAGAAACUUAUUUUGUACUUGGAUGACGCUGGAAAAUUCACAGAAGAGAUAACAGAUAAUGAUUGCAUAAUUUUCAUCGUGAAAAAAUGGGAAGAAGAACAGGCUGACAAUGUAUUAAGAAUAAAUCUCUGUAGGUUCGAGGAAUUCACAGAAGCAUCAAAGGACAAGUUUAUGGACAAGAAAAUCGAUUUUCAGGGAUACUCAAUCCCCCUUUCUAGUAUCCCAAUUUACCAUGAUGAUUCCUAUUCUAGUUUCAUGAGUGACGUCCUGGAACGUUUGGCUGAAGGAGAACAGGUUCAGAUGGGAAAGGAACUUCCUCGGGAUAAAAUUCCUUCGAUUUAUUUGGAAAGAUGGCCUUUUACUUCCCAAAAUCACACAGAUAUGUUCUUUAAGAGAGAUAAGGAUGAUUUCAGUAGGGUCAGAUCCAAAGGGAUGACUUACAUUGUAACUGGAGGACCUGGAAUGGGCAAAUCCUGUGGAUUGCAGAAUGCAGCGAUAUUCUUCAAAGAGAAAUUUUCCUACUUCUGGGUCGAUUUCUUCGACUUGAAACGAUAUUCGAAGGUUUUCUUCGAAAGGAAAUCAUCGAGUUUCACGGAAGAAGAAGCAGUUAACUUUGUUCUGGAUAAAUUGGCCACCUAUGGUCCCAAUAGGACCUUGGAAAACAAGCUUCUGCGCAUCUAUGUAAAUGAUCUGUCAUCUCCAUCAAUUUUCCUCUUCUUCGAUGGAUUCGAUGAAAUCUCUCCAACCUACGAAACCUUAGUUUUGAACCUAAUCCAUAAACUAUCCAAGAGGAACUUUAAGUGUUUCAUCACUAGUCGUCUCCACUGCAAAUAUAUACUUCAGGGUCCAGGUCGUCCUGAUCCAUCCUAUGUAACAUCGAUAAAUCCUUAUAAGACUGAAGAAAUCGAAAGAUUUACAUGGGAGUACUGGAAAUGGAAGCUACCCAAUAUGGUUCAUCUAGAACGAAUCCUCGAGUUUCAGGAGAAAUUUUUGCAAUAUUUUGAAGAAUUUACAGCUAUCCUACAGACGCCGAUCUUACUCAGGAUGCUCGCUGAUAUCACAACAAGGGAUUGCGAGCGGUAUUGUGAAAAUCCUGGAAAUCGCUUCCUAAUGAAGUUCGAAAAUGUGGAUACUUGGACCAUUUACGGGAUCAUCUUUGAGAUGUCCUUUGAUGGUUUCUAUGAAAAGGAAGGGAUAGAUCAUACGUCAAAUUUUGCAAUAGCUAAGAGAAAACAGGAUAUUGAAAUCAUCCGAAAAAUUCACAAAUAUCUGGCUGUUGUCGAAUUGAACCUAACUCACAUAAUCGAAAUCGAAGCUGAUAUCAGCAAGGACGUUGAAAUCCUAGCCAGAGGUUUCAUUACACGAUCAGACAACGGUGACUUCUUCUACGUACAUCGAACCUACGCAGAAUACUUCUGUGCCGAAUGUAUUUUUGAAGAACUGGAACAGUACAACAAGACUGUUCUAGAAUACUUAGCACAGCAACAUCCCGACACAGUCAUCAAUGACUUCGUUUAUAGAUUUUUAAUGGAGAAAAUUAAGACAAAUUACGCAUUUAUCAGUAGAGAUAGACUAUUUAGCUUGGAUCCAGAAGGGAACAUAUUCAACUACCUCUUAAAAUUCUGUGAUUUUUUCUUACUGCAUGUGUGGAGACACAAAAUCAAAGAAGUUAAUAAUGCUGUGAAGUUUAUAGAAAAUAUUUUUAAUCCAGAAGAAAUUCAAAAUUUCAAUUUUGACGAGUACUACAAUCUUCUUGAUAAUGGUUAUUUGUUUAUAAAACCUCCUCAGGUAGUCUUUGUUGUUAGGUAUUCUAUUAGAAUCUUCGGAGAUUGUGAAAAGGCGUCAAUCUUGCAAAAAGCUGAUGCAUUUGUGAAGAAAAAAAUUGGAGGGUCUGAUGCCGAUUUCCUAGAAGAGUACUACAAUUCUCUAAUAACAGAAAACGUUCUGACGGAAAACGAAGUCGUUCAGGAAUGUCAUCAAGCCCUGAAGAAAUACGUAAUGUCCACUUGGCAUAGGACAAAAUUCUUCUUCCUCUACUUCAAACUGAAGCGCAUUGAUUAUGCUGAUGAAUUCAGUGAUUUCAAAGAUUGGAUACAAAACCGAUUACUUACCGAAUUUGAUACGCACUACAUUAGGCAUGUUGUCCUUAUGGAGGAAGAGUUUAACAAAUCGCAUGACUACAUAGAUAAUAUAGCUAGGUAUCUAGUACAAGAAGACAUAAUGUAUGAAUUUUUACGUCGGUAUGACCUAGAUCAUCACAGUCGAACUGAUUUUGUUGGAAGAAUCGUUGCUGCAUUUUCAAAUCUUGGUCUCAAAUUUAUUUGUGCGGAUAACAAUUCGAUUUUGUACUACUUCUGGGUAAACAAGAAAGACUACUUGAUGAAAGAUUUUCUGGCAGUUCUGAAACCUCAUGAAAUUGAAGAAUUAACUACGAGUCCUCAUUUCAACGGAAGAUCUCUUCUGGAACAUUUUCAUUCAGAUGAAAAUGCGGACUACGUCAACGAAGCAUUUAUAACGUAUAUAUUUAGAACGUUUAACGAAGAAACGCUCUUUCAGUACCUGACCCCCCUGUCCCAUUGUUCUGAAAGUGAUAAUAUCCCUUUGUCCAUUGGAAGAGAUUUGAAUCUAUGCCUAGCUCUUGGCAAUCAAAUUGAGUCUGAUGAAGACGAAAAAAGUAACAUCAUUGAGAAACUCUUACUACGAAUCCUUGAAGAUAAGUUCUCCUGGAAAUCCAGAACUGGUAACAAAAUCUUUUUCCUUCAUACUGUUGUUGGUUUCAAAUUUAAAUAUCGAACCAAGAAAGCUGCAGACUUUAUCUACAACUGGCUCAAGAGCAAUAAACCUGAAGAACAAAGUAACGUUGACAGAUAUUUAAUGUCGGAACUAAAUGACUUCGAUGAAGACGGUAAUUCCGUUCUUCAUAUUGCAGCGUCAAAAAUUAAUUCCAACUUCUUCAAGUUCUUAUUCAAAACAAUUGAAAAUGAAACAUUAAUUCGUCUUAUGACCCUUCAAAAUUCGAAAAACCAAAAUUUUAUGCAUUGCUGUAGUACGAAUAAAACAAUGGAUGAAAUUAAUUUUUACAUGGCUUUGAGAGAAUGUAUCGAAAAAAAGAAUGAAGAGAUUACAGCAUGUAUAGAGGAAUUACUACUUCAGCAAGAUACCUUCAAAAGGACACCAUUUCACAAUCAAUCCGAAGAGUUUUUCUUAAGGCAUAUUAGAUUUGUAUCUAAAGAAAAACGAUAUUUAAUUUUUUGUCUGGAAGACGAGAAUAAAGAUACGCUAUUGCAUAAAUUACCACAAAUUUGUAGUAAGUCCUAUUUCUUCAGUGAUCUUGAUAUAUUAAUUACUCACCUCAAUAGCAUCAAUACUGAUCUACUUAAGAAACUUUUGCAAAAUCCCAACAAUGAAGGACUUAGUCCCCUUGAUAUAAGUAAUACUGUUAAGAAUGAAAGAUUGAUUAAAAUAUAUGAAGAUUUUAUAAAUAUGGACUAGGAAAAAAUAUAAUUUGAAAAAGUCGGGACGCAUACUGAGUUAGCACAGACACACACCAUUGUGCACUAUUAGAAAUAAUUUAUUUUACUUCCUUGGUUUUUUUUGUUUAAUAAAACAUUGAGAAUAUGUUUUUAUCUAAAUUUAAAAAAAGAAGACGAAAAAGAAGUUUCUGGUAGCGCUAAAGACUACACUUAACGUAGUUUAUCAUGACUAUAAGGUAUGUGUCUUAGCUAAACCUUGAUGGUUUUUGUAUCUCCCCCUAUUUGACGUUUUAUUUUUCAAUCUUAAUAAAAGGUUUAUGAAUGUUUGAAUAA